AUGAGUUCGUUCUUGUCUCGAAACGAAUUCCCCGUCGAGGGUCGAACAGUGCUCAUUACAGGCGGCUCGCGUGGACUAGGUCUAGCAGCUGCAUGCCAACUUGCAGCAAAGGGUGCAAACGUAGCUAUUGGAGCACGAGAUCCCGAUGUCCUGAAAGAAGCUCUAGCAGAAGUUGAGAAAUCUGCCCGCUCUUCAACUCAGCGCUUCUUCUCACUCACUGCGGACGUGACCAAAGCUGCGGAAUGUGCAAGGGUCAUUUCCGAAGUUACAGCGUGGAAUGAGGAUACUCCACCAGAUAUCGUCUGGUGUUGCAGUGGAAGUGCUCAUCCAACAUUGUUUGUCGAUACACCAGUCGAGCAGCUCCAGACUAUGAUGGAUAGCAACUACUUCUCUAGUGCUUAUAUGGCUCAUGCUACGCUAAAUGCAUGGUUGAGGCCUGCGUUAGACGGUGUGGCAAAGAAGAAUGAUGAGCAAAAGUCAUUGCUAGCUCGGCACAUCAUUUUCACUGGCUCUUUCGUUUCUUUGUACAGUUUUGCUGGCUUCACACCCUACUCGCCAUCCAAGGCUGCAAUUAGAUCUCUAUCAGAUUCUCUAUCGCAAGAGAUGAACUUGUACGCUGGCGCGCACCCCAACGAACCUCGCGUCCGCAUACAUACGGUAUUCCCUGCUACAAUGCCGACCAAAUCUUUAGACGACGAAAACCGUGUCAAGACAGACGUCACAAAGGCUCUCGAGGAGGGAGAUCAAAUAUUGAAACCUGACGAGUGCGCCAGACGUGCCAUUGCAGGACUGGAGAGCGGGGAAGAGCUUAUUGCCACAAGCACUAUUAUCAGAUUGGUUAUGACUACUGUUAUGGGUGGUGCUAUCAGAGGUGGAUUCUGGACAGGCUUGAUCAAUACUAUGCUGAGCUGGGUUGUUAUGAUUGUCAUGAUAUUUAUUCGAUGGGAUAUGGAUGUCAAGGUUAGAAACUGGGGGAAGAAGCAUGGUGCAAGUGGAAAGGCUUCUUAG